AAAAAAAACAGUGAAUGUUAGAAAUGGCUUGUUUUCAUUCCUGAAAGAGAAAAAGCUUGCUUCUUUAUAAUUUCAAUUUACCAAUUUUCUAUAUCCAAAUAUUCCAGGUGAAUACUAUACACUAAUCUACAAAGCAGAAAGAAAACAAAUAAUAAUAAUAUUAUCACUAAUGACAAUAAACAAACCAUGAGAGCAACUACAAGCACAUGCAGUCUUUUCUCCAUCUAGCUUAAAGGACACUAAAAAACCUUUGGUCGGAUCAAAUGUCAGUCAACCUCCUUUUCAUGCUAAAAUCUAUACUUCAUCUUUCUAUGAUCUUUGCUAUCUUGAAGCCAUGAUCUUAGAAGCAAAAGACAAAUCCUGUAGUUCCAAUGAAGUUCUUGCUUUCAACCUUUUUGAUGAGUUUUGGUUCUUCAACAACAUUGUCAAUGGAACAAAGAUCAUGUUUCAUUCUUCUUCCACAAGAGAAGACAGAGAAAAACUCCAACAUUAUAAUCUACUCCCUGCUCCUAGUUUACUUACAACUCCAUCUCUACCUCCUCGUCCAACCUCAGAGGUAUUGAGGUCUUCCAAUUACAUCAACCAUAACCUACAGCAAGAUGCUCCAUUGAAUCGAUCUUCCAAGACCACUAGACUCGCAAGGAGUAUCAGCACUAUCAAUUAUGCUAAACAUAACCUGCAAGAUGAUGCCAAGCUUAAUCCAUCUUCAAAGAGCAUUAGACUUGCAAGGAGUGUCAGCUCUAUUAAUUAUGAAGAACAUAACAAGCAACAGGAUGGCAAGUUCAACCCAUCCUCUAAGAGCAGUGGAAUUGAAAGGGGUGUGACUAUAUCAAAGCCACCAAAACUUUCUACCAAUGAAGCUAGUUUAAGAAAAGCAUUUCAAGAGAAGAAGUGGAAAAGCUUGAGUGACCUUGAAUUGGAGGAGUUACAAGGAUUCAAAGACCUGGGUUUUGUGUUUGAUAACUCGCAAUUGAGUGCCAGCUUAAUGAAAGUGGCCCCUGGCCUUCGUCAGCAGAAGAUGCCUGCAAAUGAGAAUGAGAACAAUAACACCCGGAAGCCAUACCUAUCUGAAGCAUGGCUACUGAGCCUGAGGAGAUCAGAAACUCCAAAGUUGAGAUGGGCAGACCAGAAAUCAGCGGAAGACAAGAAGAAGCAGCUCAGGUCUUGGGUGAGGGCCUUGGCAUCCAAUGUUCGCCAGGAAUGUUGAUACCUCUCAUUCAUAUC